CAACGAUCACUCCAAGAAAAGCGACUGACAGUCGAGGAGUACAGGACUAGAGAUACAGAGGCCAUCGGGAUCGAUACAUAUGGUUCACAGGCUGCAGACCGAUUUUAUAUUUCAACUAUUAUUCGAGUUUCGUAAAGUUAUCCGGAGCAUCGAUGAAUGUGUAGGGAGGAGACAAUGCUUUUGGCCUUGCGCCAGGAUUUGGGGUUGUAUCCACAUAAGUCUUCAAUACAUUCUUAAGCCAAAGAUCAAACAACUUCAGUUAAGAAGAUAAAAAAAGCUCCUGCAACUUUCUGUUUGAAGAGUUAUGCUUUUUUUUCAUAAUACGGACUUCUUCACGGAUGUAUUUUGCCGUUCUUCCGAUUAUGCCUCGAGCAGGGUAAAAUGAACGUCGUAAUAAUUCAAUUAGGUGACGCAAAUUUCCAUUUACUGGUAACAAACCAGCGGAGCACGAAUGAUUUAUAUCCUGGGGCGGAAAAAGGAAAUCAACAUAAUGGAUAAAUACAUCUACAUCUUUAAAAAGCAUUCAAUGGUAUAAGAGAUGGCUAGAUCUAUUCUACCAAAUCCACCAUGAAGAUUUUAAUAUCUGUUUUGGUUCCAUUAAUGACUGAUCUUUUAUUCAUUUAUUCACAAAAAAUGGAAAGCGAUAAAUGGUUGAUUGCAUGUCCAAAAUCCUGCCAAUGCCAAAAUCAACUUUCUGCCCGCCUAAACAUAUCUUUAAAGACAGUUAAUUGUACAAACGCGGGAUUGAAGAAGAUUCCCAACGGCCUACAACCCUCCACUCAAUCUCUCUUGCUAGGUUAUAAUCAUUUAACCGAUCUGAACGACCAAUUAUUUCCAGUGUUAUCUCAACUAAAAGAACUAGACUUAUCCUUCAAUCAGAUUAAGCAGUUGGGCCGAGGAAUGAUAUUACAAAAUUUCACGGAACUUAGAUCACUAGAUUUAUCUUAUAACGAUUUUAGAAACUUAUUAGACGGAGUGUUUCGUGGUCUAAAUCGGUUAGAAAUUCUGAUCAUCACUCAUGUGCAAAUUAAGUUUAUAGCUGAACAUGUUUUCGACGGCUUAACUAAUUUAAAACAUCUAAGUUUGAAUGGAAACCAACUUCACGCAAUAUUUCCCGAAUGGUUUAUGGAUCUAGGUAAAUUGGAAUGCCUAUACUUGGACAAUAACUCUAUAUCUUACAUCAAUAGUGGAAGUUUUGCAUUUUUAAAGAACCUUCGUAAUCUUUCUAUAUCGCACAACAGAAUCAAAGGAAUCAGUCAACAUGCUUUCGAUGGUCUAGAGAAUCUAACAAUUCUUAAUUUAAGCUAUAAUCAAUUAGUUAAAAUACCGUCGGCGUCCUUCCAGCCAAUUAAACAUAUCAAAAUUUUGCAUUUGAGUGGGAAUUCCUUUACAGAGAUCCAAACUGGAGAUUUCGUCCAUGCUCGAUUUCAACAUCUGUCCUUAGAUAAUAUUUCCGAUCUGUGGUUAAUAGAUCGUGGUUCGUUCUGGGAUUUAAUCAAUUUACGUGUCAUUAAAUUACAUAAUAAUCAUCAAUUGCAAUAUAUAGAUCCAGAGGCAUUCAUAAACGUGCCUAACAUCGAGAAACUAUAUCUACAUAACAAUAACUUAUCCGCUCUUAGCCAAGAAUUGAUGAGAAAUUUUCGAGGAAACACAGAGAUAACUCUGUACGACAAUCCUCUUUUAUGUGAUUGCAAUGUAAACUGGAUACACCAAAUCAUUAAUGGCAAGAAUAAGACCGGUAUCAAGUUUUCCGAAUCAGAGAGAUUAACUUGUGGUGGAUUGCAGGAAACGGAACGUCAUCUCUUAAAGGAAAUGGAUGAAUUCCCCGCUCACUGUCCUCCCGUUCUGAUAGGACGCAUUAAUAAUACAGAAGAUAAGAAAAUGGGCGAUAAACAUAUUUUCCAAUGUCGUGCUCACGGUAUACCUACACCGAAAAUACACUGGAUAUUGCCGACUGGUAUUUUAGUAAACGAAACUUCGAACAAUUUACAUUUACAAUUGACACACACGGGUUGUCUAACGAUCUAUCACUUAAAACUUAAAGAUUCUGGUUCUUAUACGUGUGUGGCAGAAAAUUAUUUGGGGGAAACUAUUGGUAUAACAGAUCUAAUAGUGGAGAAAAUAGACAUUAAAAUAUUUCCAUUAGGAGUAUCUUCGACAUACGUCACUGUGGUGUGGAACGGGACAGCACGGAAUAAUUUUCCAGAAUAUGAAAUUCUUUACCGUCUGGCGGAUGACAAGAAAGAAUAUAGAUCAGUCACUGUCAGUCAGUACUUUCGGUCGUAUACCAUUAACAAUCUGCAACCAGAAACUCAGUACGAGUUCUGUAUAGCAGUUAAAAGCAAGGAAAGUGGUCAAAUGAUGCAAAUAGCUUGUACUAAAGUAGAGACGAGAGACGAAAACUACAUGCUGCAGGGGAUCCAUCACACUAGUAAUGUGGCAGUGGCAGCUGUGUUGGGUAUUAUAGUUGUUAUGUUGCUGGUCAUCUGCGCGGUGACGGUGGCGGCGAGAAAGUACCGACAACGACAGUACGACACUCCGGAAAAGUCGUUGGUCAACAAUAUGUUACAGAUUCCAAUGGAAAACCUACACAGUCCACUUAUGUCCCAUUUGGGAUCUUAAUGCUCAUAUGUCAAAAUGUAUAUAACCUUCGACAUAAUCAAAUUGUAAAAUUAUCGUCUGUUAGUUUUUUUAAUUAAAAUGAAAAUAAUUAUCCACCCAGCUAUCCAUUACUCCACUUAAUGAUUUUUGAAUAGUAGCUUUAAUGUCAGGAGCUUUUUUUUAUGUGAAUGAUGUCGGUAGAGAGAAAAUUACAGAUGAUUCGCCUUUAAUUUGAACAAAUCGCAAUAAUAAACAUUUUUUUUAAAUAUUCGAGUGAUAGUUUGAAAAAUGCGCUACCAAUAAAAACCGGUUUUUGAAUUUAUCUGAAAGUCACGUAGGUCGUUAAUAAAAAAAAAGUUACGUAAAACAAACGGAAGAUCCGCUGAUUGUCGCCUUUCCAACUGGGAAACUCAAUUUAGAAGAUAAACAUCUCAUCCAAUAAACUAGUUUGAUGUAAGGAACGUGACGUAGGCCGAUCGAUAGAGAAAAUGGGAAAUUGCAUACACAAUGUAACAAAGCUUCGCUUAAAAAAAAAUCAAAUUACAAGACUUUAUUCGCUGAAUUGCUAAUCCCAAUUUUUUUCUUCAUAAAAAAAUGUUCAUUGCUUUCAGUUAAAGUAUAGCAAUAACAGUUUUGAAUAAACUGUGGUUAAUGAAAAUUUGAUCAUCAAAAAUGCACCAUAAAAACUCUAGAUGAUACAAAUAUUCAUUAGAUUAUAAGCAUGAUAAAAUCAGUUUAGAUCCGCAUUUGUGUGGAUUGUACCGUAUCUUCUAAUACUAUUGUCUAAAUUGAAGAUAAGGAGGAAACAAUGCAUAGUUAUUUCUAGUCGGAUCGAUCAGAGAGAAAGAGGAAUUAGUUAAAAGGCAUUAGAGAUUUCUAGAAUGGAAAAUUAAUGGUGGGGAAAAUAUGAUGUCGAGACGAAGCGUAAUAGUGUCGUUGGAAUGGGUCACUUUACGACCACCACUUCAAGGCAGGUCAGUCGGAAAUGUCUGUUUAGUAUCACUCUCUAUCGCUAUUCUAUCGAUCGCAUACGCUCCUUCUAAUAGUUCCACCAGGAGUUUUCACUAAAAUUAAGGUUUAAUCUACUGAUAAGAAAGAAGAGAACUUGCUUACGCACAACUAAUUGUUAGUCAAAAAUUAAGAAAUUUGCAAACUCUCUUGAGUAAUAUAAAUGCUUUAUUCUCUUCUCUAUUUAGUAAAGAUUUCUAUACAGUAAUACCUCGACUUACGCGAACCCGGAGUUACGCGAUUUUCAAACCUCGUCGAUUCGUCUUUUAUUUGAGCGCCACGCAACUCUUGAUUACU